AUGACACUCAAAUCGUCUACACAAUUGGAGAACCUCGCAGAACAAUUGAGCCAGAAUCAAUCGCUUAGUAAAGAUACAGCCAAGAAUCUCGACUCAAAUGUGUCAUUUGAGGUAUUCAACAAAAAGGGAGAAAAGGAGUUUUGGAGGUUGAACGCCAAAAAAGGAGAAAAGGUGAUUUUAAAGAAGGCCAGCGGUGACGCAGACGAAGCAGACAUUCGAAUCAGGAUAGAUGACUUGAAUUUAAGAAAAUUGAUUAGAGGCAAGCAGAGUGCGCAGCGACUUUUCAUGACGGGCAAGUUGAAGAUCAAGGGAAAUGUGAUGAAGGCGGCAUACAUUGAGAAGUUAUUGAAGUUUGCUGGACCCCAAGGCUCAAAGCUUUAG